AUACCACAACAUACGGCUAUCGAUGUUGCUAGGAUUAGCCGGAAGUUGUUAGUCUGCGCGUGUGUGAGUGUGGAGAGGUCUUUUCCAGACUAUCACAGUAGUAGUCAUGGUCCAGCUUCACGUUAAACGCGGCGAUGAGAGCCAGUUUCUGUUCAACACUACAGUGGACAUUUCCAUUCAGACCCUCAUUCAGCAGGUCACUCAGGUCUACAAUGGCAGGCUGAAGGUGGACAGGAUUUGCUCUGAGAUUCCUGAGCUUGCAGAUCAUGGCAUCACACUUCCCCCCAACAUGCAAGGCCUGACCGAAGACCAGAUUACAGAUCUGAAGUUAAAGGACGAAUGGGAAGACAAGUGCAUCCCCAGCGGCGGGGCAGAGUUCAAAAAGGACGAAAUUGGAUGCAGGAACGGACACGCACCCAAUGAAAAAAUGAAGAAUGUUUUGAAGAAGACUAUGGAAGAAGCCAAAGCACUGAUCUCAAAAAAACAAGUGCAAGCGAAUGUGUGUGUAACCAUGGACAUGGUAAAUGAGGCUCUUGACCAGUUGCGAGGAGCAGUGAUGAUCGUUUACCCAAUGGGCCUGCCACCUCAUGAUCCCAUCAGAAUGGAGUUGGAGAAUCAGGAAGAUCUUGCAGGAACACAGGCUUCUCUACAAGUGAUCCCAGAGAAAGAAGCUCAGCUAUGGUGGGCAGGUAAAGAGUUGCUUCAGGACAAAAAGCUACAAGAUUAUAUUGGAAAAAAUGAGAAAACAAAGAUUGUUGUGAAGAUCCAGAAGAGAGGCCAGGGGGCGCCAGCACGGGAGCCUGUGGUCAGCGAGGAAGAGCAGAAACAGAUGAUGAUGCACUAUUACAGGAGGCAGGAGGAACUCAAAAAGCUGAAUGAAACAGAUGAUGAUUCCUAUUUGCAGUCAGAGUGGUCAGACCAACAGGCCUUAAAGAGACAAUUUCAAGGACUUACAAAUAUCAAAUGGGGCCCCAGAUAAAUAGAUCUUACUGACUUUAUAAGAGACAAUUUUGCAAAUAUUGAUGCCUUUUCUGCCUACCUGGGGUGGACGAAAUCUAGAAUCUUCCAGAUCCUCACUUCCUUUUAAAUAGUUUGUUGAGUUGAUAAACACAGCUUGUGAUAUGUCAUUAAAUGUACACUGAGAUAUCAAAUGAUACUAAUUGAACAUCUCUGAGCUCUCCAAGAACAUGGAGAAAGAAGGAUGCAACACCUUUCCUGUCUUUGUCUGUGAUCCUUCCGUUGUGAAAGCCAGUGCUUUUUACGGGCAGGAAGUUGCAUCACAGGCCUUCGGGGAAACAGAUCAUCCAAGGAGCGAAGGAAAGGAUGACAACAUCAGUCUUUUUGCGCUAAAGGAAUGGCUAAGUUAUGGUGAGGUGUGCUGCUCUAUACAAAACAUCUCUGUAUUGAAACUUUCAUUGUAACUCCCUUUCAGUUCAAAGCAAAUGAUUGUUUAUCUUUGUGUAUCAGUUUUAAAGCUGAUAACUAAAGUUUGUGUG